GAAGUGAAAUAGUAACUGGUAUGGCAGUGAAGCUAAUGCGCGCGGUGCAGUACGACUCUUAUGGAGGUGGAGCUGCUGGCUUGAAGUGUCAUGAAUAAGGCCUAUGUUACAUGGAACCGGGAAGGAGUACGUAUCUGCAUGUUGAAGUUCCAGUGCCUACUCCAGAAAAGGAUGAGGUCUUGUUAAAGUUGGAGGCUACAAGCUUAAAUCCAUUAGACUUGAGAUUUCAGAACGGUGCCAAUCGUCCUUUUGUUACUCGAAAAUUUCCUGUUAUACCUGGUACUGAUGUAGCAGGGGAGGUUGUAGAGGUUGGAUCUAGUGUUGUAAAAUUCAAGGCUGGUGACAAAGUUGUGGCUAUUCUUAAUCUUCUUAUAGGGGGCGGAUUGGCUGAGUAUGCAGUCGCAAAGGAGAGCUUGACUGUUCCAAGGCCAGAAAAUGUAUCGGCUGCUGAAGGUGCAGCCCUUCCAAUUGCUGCUCUUACAGCACACAAGGCCCUUGUUGAUGUUGCUGGAAUUAAAUUAGAUGGAAGUGGACCGCGUAUGAACAUUCUUGUCACGGCUGCCUCGGGCGGUGUUGGACACUAUGCUGUUCAAUUGGCAAAGCUAGGUAAUACACAUGUUACAGGGACAUGUGGAGCUCGUAACAUUGAAUUUGUAAAGAGCUUAGGAGCAGAUGAGGUUCUUGAUUACAAGACACCAGAAGGUGCAACUCUUAAGAGUCCAUCAGGACAGAAAUAUGAUGCAGUGGUUCACUGUGCUAAAGGCAUUCCCUGGUCAACAUUUGAGCCUAAUUUGAGUGAGAGUGGUAAGGUCAUUGAUCUGACUCCUGGACUUAGUGCAAUAUGCACCUAUGUAAUUCAGAAACUGACCUUCUCCAAAAAGCAGUUGCUGCCAUUUAUUUUGAUUCCUAAAGGAGAUAAGGAACUGAAGUUGCUUGUUAGAUUGGUGAAGGAAGGGAAGUUUAAGACUGUGGUUGACUCCAAACAUCCUCUAAGCAAAGCUCAAGAUGCUUGGGCCAAGAUGAUUGAUGGACAUGCCACAGGCAAGAUCAUUGUGGAGCAAUAAAAAUAUUUACUUAUAAUUGAUUAUUGAGAGCAUUAAGGAUAUGCGAAUAGAUGUGGGUCAAUUAGUCUCAUCCUAUUCAAGUGAUCAGUCAGUGUCAAGCAAGAUUAGACAUCGCCUUAAUGAUUACUUUUAAUGUGCCUACCAUUCAACGUAUGUAUGUCACGUAACUUUUUCCCUUUUACCAGUACAGCCACCCUAUAUAAGCACUCUUUUGGAAAGUAAUGCUUUUAGUACCUAUUGUAUAGCUGUGAUUUUUCUUUGUAAAGUAAAGCUCGGCUGAUUCACUGAUUCUUGUUCAGUUUAAA